UUGGGGCGGGCGCGCUGUUAUCGCAGCUGUGAGACCCAGCGCCUCGGGGGCCCCGCAUCCCGCCACCGCGUCAGCGAGGAUGUGCGCAGCGACUUCCAGCGCAGAGUGCCCUACAACUACCUGCAGCGGGCCUACAUCAAGCUUAACCAGCUCGAAAAAGCAAUGGAAGCAGCUCACACAUUUUUCGUGGCAAACCCUGAGCACAUGGAAAUGCAGCAGAACAUUGAGAAUUACAGAGCAACAGCUGGUGUUGAAGCAUUGCAACUGGUAGACAGAGAAGCCAAACUGCACUUGGAGAGUUACAAUGCAGGAGUUAAACAUUAUGAGGCUGAUGACUUUGAGUUGGCUAUCAGGCACUUCGAACAAGCCCUAAGAGAAUAUUUCGUUGAAGAUAUAGAAUGCCGAACCCUAUGUGAGGGGCCUCAGAGAUUUGAAGAAUAUGAGUAUUUAGGGUAUAAGACUGGUCUGUAUGAAGCUAUUGCAGAUCACUACAUGCAGGUGCUUGUUUGUCAGCAUGAAUGUGUGAGGGAACUUGCCACCCGCCCUGGCCGCCUCUCACCCAUUGAGAAUUUUCUUCCUCUGCACUAUGAUUACCUACAGUUUGCCUACUAUCGAGUUGGUGAGUAUGUGAAAGCCCUGGAAUGUGCCAAAGCCUAUCUUCUGUGCCACCCAGAUGACGAGGAUGUCCUAGACAAUGUGGAUUACUAUGAGAGUCUGCUGGAUGAUAGCAUUGACCCAGCAUCCAUUGAGGCCAGAGAGGAUUUAACAAUGUUUGUGAAACGUCAUAAGCUAGAAUCUGAGCUGAUCAAAUCAGCUGCAGAAGGUCUGGGGUUUUCAUACACUGAACCGAAUUAUUGGAUCAGGUAUGGAGGACGACAGGAUGAGAAUCGGGUCCCUUCAGGGGUCAAUGUAGAGGGAGCAGAAGUUCACGGAUUGUCAAUGGGAAAAAAGUUAUCACCCAAGAUAGAUCGAGACCUAAGAGAAGGUGGUCCUCUGCUCUAUGAAAACAUCACAUUCGUCUACAACUCAGAGCAGCUGAAUGGGACUCAGCGGGUUCUCCUGGAUAAUGUCCUGUCGGAAGAACAGUGCCGGGAGCUCCACAGUGUGGCCACUGGAAUCAUGCUUGUUGGUGAUGGAUACAGAGGAAAAACUUCACCCCAUACACCCAAUGAAAAGUUUGAAGGUGCAACUGUCCUGAAAGCACUCAAAUCUGGUUAUGAAGGUCGAGUCCCACUGAAGAGCGCUCGUCUGUUUUAUGACAUCAGUGAAAAGGCUCGAAGGAUUGUAGAAUCUUAUUUUAUGCUGAACUCAACUCUGUAUUUUUCCUAUACACACAUGGUCUGCCGAACAGCCCUGUCUGGUGAGAUUCCAGUCUGA